UGUGGCAAAGCCCUUUCGCUCGAGCAAACUUUCUCGUCUCCGCCGCGAUUUCUCCUCCAUUUUCUCUGGCGCCUCGCGGAUCCAAUGUCUCACGUAACGUAUGAUAAUCUGUGGGAGGACGCAAUGCGGGAGCUCGUGUCUGUUUUGAAGCUGGAAGUUCCCACUUACACAUUCCAGGGACCUCAGAACCUGGUGGACUAUUGUCGGAUUUACGUCAAGUACUCGAAAGCUUACAAGCUUCUCGAGGAAUGCUCCGACAUGCUAGUCCAUCCUCAAAAACGCAUGGACUGCAUGAAGACGCUCGAGGCAGUGGUCGGAAGGAUACUGGAGAUCAAGCACUGGAUGGUGCAUUUGAACACUGGAAAGGAAGUCAUCAAUCUUGAAGACACCUUGGUGAACAUGACGUUGUCUCCAGACACUGUAGAGAUCAUUCCUCCGCGGCACCUAGUGAAUGACAAUGCCAAAAAUCUCGAAAUCCGGGAGAAGUUUCUGCUGUCCAGCAUAAAGUGAUGGAGAAGCACCGAGCCGAGAAAGAGCUCGAGGAACAAGCCAG